AUGCGCUUCAUCAGCGCCAUAGUUGCGCCCCUCUGUUUCUGCGCUGUUCAGUCGAGCGGAAAGACCAUCAGGAUCGCCGUUGGCAAAGACGGUCUGGUCUUUUCCCCUAACUCAGUAACAGCUGAUAGAGGAGAUAUCUUGGAGUAUCAGUUCUACAAACAACAGCACAGUGUCGCCAUGGGAGACUUUGCGAAUGGCUGUACGCCAGCUGCUCAAGGCGGUUUCUUCUCUGGUGUGAUGAAGACCUCCCGUGACGGGCCGAAAAAAAAGGUCUUCCAGGUUAUUGUGAACAGCACGGAACCCAUGGCAUUCUACUGCACUGUCGGUAGCCACUGCCAGAACGGCAUGGUUGGUGUCAUCAAUCCAUCAUCGACUGAUUCUCUCGACAAGUAUAAGUCCACUGCGAAGGAUGCCAAAGAAAACAAAGCUCCUCUGGCCAUAUUCGGCGGCAAGAUAGUCAAGAGCUCCAGGAACUCCACAACCACCAGCUCGGGGGGCUCCCCCAGCCGAACCGGAGGCGCCGGACACGCGCAGGCUGCUCCAGGAAGUAUUAGCGUGGCUGCUCUGGGAUUCGCUGUCUUCUUGAUGUAA